AUGAGCUCCUUCGGAGGUCCCGGGAGCAAGCCGGCCACAAAGCCAACUCCCCCUCAAAGGGGGAGCUUUCCUCUUGAUCAUGAUGGCGAAUGCAAGGAUGUCAUGACAACAUACCUCACUUGUAUCAAUAAGGUCGGUGGUGUGAACAAGCCUGAGUGCCGCGACCUCGCGAAGGCGUACCUCGCUUGCCGCAUGGAUCGAAACUUGAUGGCUCGAGAUGACUUCAAAAACUUGGGCUUUCAACCCGACUUGAACCAGAAGCAAACGUCCUCGACAAAGGAUGGCCCAAAAGACGGCGAGGGUGGAGCGCCAGGAGAACUACGAUGGUAA